ACAUGUUAUUUUAUUUGUUUUUUUUUAAGUCUUGUGAUCGGCGCAUGCGCAUAGUAUAGUCCCCAGACAAACUGCACAAACGAGAAGCUUGUCUGUUCCUCAGACCGGUCUGGCGUGUAGUUGACGACAUGGCUGCAGAAACAUUGACCAAAGAAGAAACCUUGGCUAAGAGGAAAACGUUAAUCGGCCAGUCGUGCAGACUUUUCUACUCACAUGAUCCGGUGAAGAUACUGAGAGCCAGGGGACAAUAUUUAUUUGACGAAAACGGAAAACGCUACUUGGAUUGCAUCAGCAACGUUCAGCACGUCGGACACUGCCAUCCAAGUGUCACCAAAGCAGCUGCGGAGCAAAUGGACCUUCUGAACACGAACUCAAGAUUCCUCCACGACAACAUCGUCCUGUACGCAGAGCGACUUGCUGCAACGUUGCCAAAGAAACUUUCUGUCUUCUAUUUUGUCAAUUCAGGAUCGGAGGCCAACGAUCUCGCCCUGCGUUUAGCUCAGCAGUUCACCCGACACCAGGACGUCAUUGUGCUCGACCAUGCAUACCACGGCCAUCUCUCCUCCCUCAUCGACAUCAGUCCUUACAAGUUCCGGAAACUGUCUGGACAAAAAGAAUGGGUCCAUGUGGCGCCGAUUCCUGACACCUACAGAGGCCUGUACAGAGAAGAUCACCCGGAUCCAGCCCAAGCGUACGCUGAUGCGGUGAAAGACCUGAUCGAGGAGGUGCACAGUAAAGGCCGGAAGAUCUCUGCUUUCUUUGCUGAGUCAUUGCCAAGUGUUGGAGGGCAGGUUAUUUUACCACAAGGAUACUCGCCUAAAGUUGCAGAAUACGUCCGAGCAGCUGGCGGAGUGUUUGUGGCGGACGAAGUGCAGACAGGAUUCGGUCGGGUGGGAAGUCAUUUUUGGGCUUUCCAGCUCCAAGGAGAGGACUUCUGCCCGGAUAUCGUCACCAUGGGGAAACCGAUGGGCAACGGACACCCCUUGUCAUGUGUGGCCACGACAGCCGAGAUCGCAGGAGCUUUCACCGCUAAUGGAGUCGAGUACUUUAACACGUUUGGAGGAACUCCAGUGUCCUGUGCCAUCGGCCUCGCCGUCUUAGACGUGAUAGAAAAGGAAGACCUGAGAGGAAACGCUACACGGGUGGGAGAUCAUCUUAAAAAGUUGCUCACAGAGCUGAAAACAAGGCACUGGAUUAUUGGAGAUGUAAGAGGUGUGGGUCUAUUCCUUGGUCUUGAACUGGUGAAGGACAAAGAGCUAAGGACCCCGGCGACAGCAGCUGCUGGGCAGGUUGUGAAGAGGUUGAAAGAGGAAGAUCAGAUUUGCGUCAGCACAGAUGGACCCUGGGAGAACAUAGUGAAAUUUAAACCCCCUAUGUGCUUCAGUGUGGAUGAUGCCGAGCUUGUAGCUCGGUGUAUUGACCGCAUCCUCACAGAUAUAGAAGCCCAAGACUCUGUGUGAAAAGACGACAUCUAAAGCUCAACUGGACAGUGAAUGCUCGGAGGACAUGACAGUAACUGCCCUGCUGCCAAAUGUUUGUCCUGUAAGAAAGUAUGUCUUCCCAAAUAAACCCUGAUCAUUCUUUUGACUCCUACAGUACACUUCAGGUUCACACUUACCACACCACAAUCUAGUGCACAUGAACAAAAACAGGAACGCACUCAGGUAAACAAAUCCAUCCAUGGUGGACAGCAACGAAGGCUUUGGUUACCUUUGCAUGUGACGCUCGAACUUGACCCCGAAUCAGUUUUAACAUUAACAAGACAAGCAAGCCAUUUAACAGUACAGUAAUUCAUUUAACACUUACUUUUACAAAUAAUAACAAAAAGAUCCAUUUGUAAUAUAAAUCAAAAGUUUAUUUCUAUCAAUUUGACCAAGACACUAGAGGAAUGAGUUUCCGGUGAGAGAGGGAGUGCCCUCUUACAAGAGCAGGCUUGCCUUUGUUUAACACUAGUAAAGCCACUUAAAAUGCAAACAUGGGAAAAAAUACCUUUAAAAGCAAAACAACUGAAACAAAAAAAAAGAAAGAAAAAAAAAACAAAAAAAAAAGAUGCUGGUUGUCACCGUCUACUAGUCCAUCUGCACACAUUCAAUGACACGCUUACAAAGAACCCUUUGAUUAGUCCAAGCCCUCGUCCAACGUCACCCCACCACAGAGGCCAUGCAUUUCAAACCAACGCUCAGCGUGUGAGAUUAAAACUAAAGAUCUACAAACACCAAACGGAAAAAGCAAUCGUUUUAUUCGUGAGCUUUGAAAGCCCUCGCUCCUGCGCAUCUGUUA